AUGCAGUUCCUCAACAUCCUCUUCCUCGGCCUCUGCGGCUUCCUCGCUAAUGCCGCUCCAACGUCCCCCAAUGAUGAUGGUCUGUCCAAAGACUGGACCCACGUCUUUACACAGGACAAUAUCAACCUCUCUACUGUCAAUCCUGGCUCACCAAUGGCAUCUGUUUCAAUCCCCAGCGUAGCCGAUGCCACAGAAGUUCACGGUCAAAUCGUGAACAAGUGCUCAUUCCCCGUCUGGGUUCGCUUAGCAAUCGCGGCAACUACCUCCAACCCAGAUCGUCCUGGCGCCAAGUGCGACCACGCCGGAGAAACCCACAUGGUCGAAGUUCAGCCGGGAGGUACCUACCUAUCUCCCUUUCCUGCCAAGUGCGACCAAUGUGGUCACGUCCUCAAGGUCGCUCACAAUGCCGGCGAUCUUAAGGUCUACCAAUUCGAGUACUCUAUGGACGGCCAUGAUGGUCGCCUGUGGUACGAUCUCAGUGCGGAAAACGGUGCGCCCUUCCAGAAAGUCGAGCGUUAUCUGGGAACUUCCGGCCGUAGCUGCCCAUUUGUGGACUGUAAGCCUGGUCAAUGGGUUUAG